CAUGCUUCUCCUAACUGCAAGACUAACCCUGUCCAGCCCGGCUCCUCCUGCCUGUGACCCCCGACUCCUAAAUAAACUGCUUCGUGACUCCCAUGUCCUUCACAGCAGACUGAGCCAGUGCCCAGACGUUAACCCUUUGUCCACACCCGUCCGGCUGCCUGCUGUGGACUUCAGCUUGGGAGAAUGGAAAACCCAGACAGAGCAGACCAAGGCACAGGACGUUCUGGGAGCCGCGACCCUUCUGCUGGAGGCAGUGAUGGCAGCGCGGGGACAACUGGGACCCACUUGCCUCUCAUCCCUAUUGGUGCAGCUUUCUGGACAGGUCCGCCUCCUCCUUGGGGCCCUGCAGGGCCUCCUAGGAACCCAGCUUUCUGCACAGGGCAGGACCACAGCUCACAAGGAUCCCAGUGCCAUCUUCCUGAGCUUCCAACGACUGCUCCGAGGAAAGGUGCGUUUCCUGCUGCUUGUAGUGGGACCCACCCUCUGUGCCAAGCGGGCCCCACCUACCACAGCUGUCCCGGGGAACACCUCUCCAUUCCUCACACUGAACAAGCUCCCAAACAGGACUUCUGGAUUGUUGGAGACAAGCUCCAGUGUCUCAGCCAGAACUACUGGCUCUGGACUUCUGAACAGGCUGCAGGGAUUCAGAGCCAAGAUUCCUGGUCUGCUGAACCAAACCUCCAGGUCCCUAGACCAAAUCCCUGGACACCUGAACAGGACACAUGGACCCCUGAGUGGAAUUCACGGACUCUUUCCUGGACCCACACCCAGGGCCCUAAGAGCCCCGGAUAUUCCUCCGGAAACUUCAGACAUGGACUCCCUGCCACCCUACCUCCAGCCUGUAGAGUCUCCUUCCCCAGCCCAUCCUCCUCCUGGACAGUACACACUCUUCUCUCCUUCACCAACCUUGCCCAUCCCCACGGUCCAGCUCCAACCCCUGCUUCCUGACCCCUCUGCUAUCACACCCAACUCUACCAGUCGUGUUCUAGUUGCAGCCCACCCUCACUUCCGGAAUCUGUCUCAGGAAGAGUAAGGUACUCAGGCACUGCCGACAUCAGCAUCGCCUCCCAAGUACAAUCCCCUUACUCGGAGGAGAGGCCCUGGGAGACAACUGCAGCUAUACAGGCAUACCUCAUUUUACUGCGCUUCAUUUUAUUAUCCUUUACAGAUACUGCAUUUUUUACAAAUUGAAGGUUUGUGGCAACCCUGUGUUGUCAGAUGAUGGUUAGCAUUUUUUAACAAUAAAGUAUUUUUGAACG